UUGGUCACACUGUUCAACAAUUGUUGUGGUCUGAUUUUUUGCAAAGCCCGCAUUGGUAAACAUUUUUUCCCCGAGAAAAGGAGUUCUUAUCAGUAAGCGGUGUUUACUUGAACAACGGCAGCGAUGACGGAGUAACCGCCCCUCACAAUCGCCUCGCCAUGAUCCUGCGCGUGCCCAUGUUGCUGGCGCGCUUUCUGCACAAUGGAAGACUGCGCCUGCUGUUCUUAAUCCUGAUCGCACUGCUCAUCUUAGGCAUUACGUUUACCUACAACUGGACAAAUGAGAACCAGCUAUGUUUCAUGGACACAAAGGGAAUGGCGACCCAGUCGCCGGGCGGAGACUUGGAAGCCACUCCGCUGGAGGAUGUGUUGCUGGCAGAGCCGAAGCCCGUGCCCGGACGCAGCAUCUUCUUUCACGAGACCAGCUGCCAGCAGACCGAGAAAAGGCGGUACAAGCUAAUGGAGCUCACCGCCCGCCAGGCCUGCGCAAUCGAGUCCGCGGCGUUGCAUAAUCCGAAUUUCCAGGUGUUUGUCUUGUUCGCCGGCCCCACAUAUCGAAUCUCAAGCAACAAUAGCAAUUCGCAGCCAUUGGUUGAAGCCAUCUUAAGCUACAGCAAUGUGCAUUUGCGACGACUGAAUCUCUGGAGCUACGCUGCCGGCACACCCAUCGAGGAGUGGCUCAAGGACGGGAGCUUGUUUCUCUCAAGCUAUCUGUUCUCGCACAUUUCGGAUUUCCUGCGUUACCUCACGCUCUAUCGCUACGGUGGUCUCUAUCUAGACAUGGAUGUGGUGGUGCUGCGCAACAUGGAGGAGGUUCCGCCGAACUACACAGGUGCCGAGUCCAAUACUCACUUGGCGGCGGGUGUGAUGAGCCUGGCGGCCACAGGUUUUGGCCAUGAGAUCGCCGAGUCGUGCUUGCGUGACUUGCAGCUCAACUUUGACGGCAAGGAUUGGGGCAACAACGGACCCGGAGUAAUAACUCGUGUGGCUCAAAAAAUCUGCGGCACGAAAGACAUACAAGUGAUGCAGGAGGACCACAAGCGCUGCCUGGGAUUCAAGGUAUUCGGACGUGGUGCCUUCUAUGCGGUGCCAUGGAAACAGUGGCGAGACUUCUUCGAGCCCGAAAAGUUGCCGCAGACAAUGGCCCUCACCAAGGACUCCUAUGUGGUGCACGUGUGGAACAAGCAUUCGAGCACGCUGAAGAUCAAGCGCGGCACAAAAAGCGCCUACGCCAAGUACGCCGAACAAAACUGCCCGCGGGCCUAUAAGGCAUCGGGCGAGUAUUUUUAGAAUAAUCAUAGUCCAGUGGUUUUCAUCCGCUGAUUACCAAAGAAUCAUAAUUGCCUGCACAUGGCUUCUUUUUUAAAUUAGGUUUCAGACUUAUUUCUUCUUGUUUUGCCUUUUUUUUUGCAUUCCAAGCGAUAAGCAGCUCGCACAAAGCGCAUUUAACAGCACAGAGUUCUCGAACUCGACUCAGUCAAAUGAAGCUUUUAUUUACUCUUCUUUCGUCUGAUAGCACAACACAUCACAAACUGAUUGGUAGUCAUUUCACUCGAUAAGAUAAGAAUCUAAUAAGGGAAAAAAACGAUCAAAUGAAAACAAAAAUCUCAUCCAGCAAACUAUCAAAAUUAACAUAAGCUUACUACCAAUAUUAAAACGUCUUAGAGUACUCCUAUUAUUCUCCGUGCGCUUGUUUACAGGUGUUGCGAGUCCGACUCAUAAAUGUAUUCCUAGUUAGACUCGAAUAAGUUAAAGGGAAACUUUCCAAUAUCAUCGAAGAAAUGUAUAUAAUGAAGUAUUUUUUGAGAAAUAUUUAACGGUGCAUCACUAGGGUGAAUGAAUACUAACCCAGUCUUUAUAUAGACUUUAAGUUUAUAAUCCAUCCCUCAGAUAUGUUUUGUAAAAGCUUGUUUCCAAAAAACAAAUAAAAUUAGCAUAAGGCUGGUGUAUAAAUAAA